AUGAUGAAAACGCUUGUUUGCUUUCCACUACUGGCUUUCUAUGUAAGCUGUGCUUAUGGGGUCGCCACAGGAAAUCGAGUGAGCAGCCUGGUCACAGAAACGCUAUCAUUAAUCACAGCUCACCGAACUUUGCUGAUAGGCAAUGGGACUCUGAGGAUUUCAAUACCUGACCCACAAAAUCAUCCACUGUGUAUUGAAGAAAUCUUCCGGGGAAUAGAAACACUGAAGAACCAAACUGCUGAAGAGAAUGUGGCAGAAAAAAUUUUUCAAAACUUGUCUUCUCUAAAACCAUACAUGAUUGCCAGAGAAAAACAGUGUAGAGGAGAAAGAAGACGAGUAGAGCAGUUCUUGAACUACCUGGAAGAUUUUCUUCGGACAGUAAACACUGAGUGGACAGUAGAAAGUUAAGAAUGAAAAGGGAGGUUGCAAUGGACCGAUUUGAGGGAGGUAAAUGAGUCUUGCCUGGCCGGGAUGGAGGACACUUCCACAACUCUUCCAAAACAAAUGAACUCUUUUGGUUAUUACAAACAUUUUAUGUAAAACAGAAUAUCUUUAUUUUUUUAUGAUACUCUUUCUAAUUUCUUCUUCACAUGUUCAAAUAUUAGUUUUAUCCAACUGGAUUUUUGGAAAAUUCCAAAAAUGAAUUGAUUCCUCUAAAAAAUGCCAAGGCAAGUGGUACCCAGUGUGUCUUAAU